AUCCAACACCACCACGACAUUGUUGACUUGGAAUCUCUACUAUACAACGGGUAUGUCUGCAUAAAUAAUAUAUUGUUUCCACAAAAUCCCAGUGCUCAACACUGUUGGCUGUUCAUGUCAAGAUAGCCACCUCUUCGCACGUGCCCACCCGUCUCGGCAGAUCCUCGGCCCUAAAAAGAUAUACCCAAACCUCCAACAAGCACACCCGCGCCCCAACGCAGGUGUCGCAUCAACCCCACACAACACACGAUGGUUCUAAGAAUCCGACUCGCACGCUUCGGCAAGAAGCACGCUCCCUUCUACAACAUAGUCGUCGCACACGCACGGACAGCGCGUAACUCUCGCCCGCUAGAAGUCCUCGGAACGUACGACCCCAAGCCACAACCCCCGCGACCAGGCGACACACACGGCCGGCCAUGGAAAGACAUUAAGCUCGAUUUAUCGCGCGCGCGGUAUUGGGUCGGUGUAGGCGCUCAACCUAGCGAUACGGCGUGGCGGUUACUGAGCAUGGUUGGCAUACUGGAGCCGCAGUACCGGGUGGGCAAGAUUGCGGGGAUGGUGGUCAAGAGCGGGAGUGCGGCGAAGUCAUUGAUAAAAGAGCAAAACACGGCAGAGGCGGAACCGAAGGUUGUGGUCGAGAACAUGGAGGGUGGGACUAAGGAGACUGCUGCGUAAAGAGGGGUGGAUGGCGUUUGGACCACUCCAAUAUGAAGGAUCCGUCAGGAGUGGUUGUCGUGGUUCUGCGGGACGAAGAAAGAAGAAAGAAAUAUACCACGGCAAUCCGACACGAAGUCUUUACGAACGGAAGGCCUGCAAGAUGAGUGUAAGACGACUCAGCGUGAGAGUAGUUGUUUUGUAAGGGAUAGGCCCUCGAUCAGACCGCGAGAGGCUACAUACACGCUGCAUAACCUGUAACAAUACCAGAAACUUCAACAUUCGUACAUUUGCUUCUAAGGAUCACCCUACACGAUCAGCAUAAACCAUGGCCUUGGACAUAGCCGUAGAAGAGCAGUACAGUUUGUGUUCUGGCUCUAGACGAUCAUCUUAAAGCUACAUCCGCUUGUACAAUUUGUGACAAUAUAGUAAACAACAGGGUUAACAUCUUUAUCUAGGCCUAGGAUACGUAAAGACUGCAGUUAUUCGGUCAUGCCAUAUGGUCUUCGAAGCAAU